AUGGCCACUUCAGUCGCUUAUCCCCACGGCCACGCCAUCCAGCGCAGCUUUGACCUGCUAUGCGACUACCUCAACCUAGGCGGCGAGGGCACAGAGACUGGCACCAACGGCAUGGUACGACGCGUACUGCGCAGUCCGUUUGUGCGACCAUUUUUCGAAGAAUACACGCGCGACUACCUAGAGGCAACGGCGACUGCUGCUGCUGCUGCUGCUGCACCGCUGUCGCCGACGUCGAGCCUCGACGGGUACGAGUACGAGGUAGAGUACGAGGUCGAGGACAUUGACUACUAUGCCCUGCGCGCCACGGUGCAAAAGCAGCACGCCUUUCGCUCCAAGCGGUUCGCCGGCCACGGGCCCCUCGCCACCAAGGCUGGCUGGUCUGCUACGGACCAUGCUGCCCGCUUUGUCGUCCAGACGCUCCGCUACAGCUGGCGUCAUGGCGGACCUUGGGACCAUGGACGCUGGGACCUUGACUCGGACGAGAGUGAUCUCGAGUUCUGGCAGGUGUGGUGA